AUGAAUGUUGCUGAGGGCCUGUCGGAUCUGGAGGGUAGAUUCGAAAUGAAUGAGAACAAUCGGAAUUCCCAAAACCCCACCAAGAGAAACAGACUCGCCAAAACCAAGUGCGUUUCUGUGCCACGAGUCGAGCAACGUUCGUAUUGUAUGUCUCGAGUAAGUGUGUCAUUAGAAGAGAUGAAGGCCAUAGAUCCUGACUAUGAUAAACAUCCCUAUAAAGCAUUUUUCCCCGAAAAUAUGGAAUGCUCUCAGCAAGCUGGGAUGAAACAAAUCUUGAUGCUAACAAGAAUGAUUAAUCUACUUAAUGCACACCGUCAGAAGGCCAGAGAAGAAGAGAAGAAGAACUACACUGGCCGAAAAAUUCCCCGAGACUUCAAGCUUCGACCCAUCACGCACAAAGAUUUUGAAGCCUUUAAAGUGGCACGAAGAAAGGAAGAGGAAACCAGAUCCUAUGAAAACAGGCAAAGGAGAUUUGCGUAA